GGAGGCGGGGCUUGAGCUCUGGCAAAUAAUUACUAAAUGUAUUUCCACCCCAGUUGCUCUGGGCUGCUGAAAGAUCUGGCUGCAGAGCGAGAGGAGAAGCAGGAAUCUUCACUGGUGUCUCUGGAUUGUUGCUGUAGCAUCAACCCUGCAGUGGCUCCUGCUGCCUCAUUCCCGUCUCCCUUAGCAAAAGAUGAAGUCUUCAGAUAUUGACCAGGAAUUAUUCACGGAAAGUUACUGCAAAGUGUGCAGUGCUCAGCUAAUAUCAGAAUCUCAGCGCGUGGCUCAUUACGAGAGCCGGAAACAUGCAAGCAAAGUUCGGCUUUACUAUAUGCUCCAUCCACUCGACGGAGGCUGCCCUGCGAAAAAGCUGCGGUCAGAAAAUGGCAGCGAUGAUGACUCGGUGGAUAAGAACAAAUGCUGUACACUCUGUAACAUGUCCUUUACUUCAGCAGUCGUGGCUGAGUCACACUAUCAAGGGAAAAUUCACGCCAAAAGAUUAAAACUGUUGCUGGGAGAGCAGCCAGCGUUAAAGGCCACAGCUGCUCCCAAGGCCAACCUAAAGCAGCCGCACGUGGACAGCUCCCCAGUGGUGUCUGUGCCCCACCAGAGAAGAGACUCCGACAGGUACUGCCAGCUGUGCGCAGCUUGGUUUAAUAACCCGAUGAUGGCACAGCAACACUAUGAUGGGAAAAAGCACAAAAAGAAUGCAGCCAGGGCUGAUUUACUAGAGCAACUAGGGAAGACGCUGGAUCUGGGAGAAUUAAGAGGUCUGAAGCGGAGCUAUACUUGCAACAUCUGUAAUGUCACUCUAAACUCAAUAGAACAGUAUCACGCACACCUGAAGGGCUCCAAACAUCAGACCAACCUGAAGAACCAGUAGAAGGUCAUCCAGGACAGUGACAUUUCACCCCACAGUUCCUUCUACAAAGCAAAGUGGGCUAUGGACAGGAGGCUUUCUCGGACAAUGAGCCCCUUCCUGUGUGGCGUCAUUAAUGUAUACCCAAUCUUUGCUUUGGACAAUGAAUGGAUUUUACUUUUAUUUUUUAUUUUGUGGUGAGUAACAAGAUUCAGAUGGAUUUUUUUUUACCCUUUGGAGAAAAGAGUCUAUAAUAUAUAUUUGACAUGAAAA